AUGAGUGUCUCGAACGAGCCGAUCAAGGCGACCCACCGCAUCUUGACCAACAUCUUCAAGCUCGACAAGGCGUCCGGUCUCGCUCUCGUGACCUGGAGGAUAGUCGAGCUGCAGAAGGAACAGGCCAACAUCCAGCUCAAGCUCGCGACUCACACGCCAUGGAAGGACCGCUUGGAGACCAAGGACACGCUGCGCGGCGAGCUUGAGCAGGUCAGACGCAACCUUAGCGAGGCUCUCGCUUUUCGCACCGAGCACUAUCGCUCCGCCGUCGGCUCGGUCGUCCUCGGAGGAAGCGGACGGACGAGAGUGCAGACGCUGGCGGAAGAGAUCCGUCGGUUCUUCGAGCUGUCGAUGAGGGCGCAGGAAGAUGUGAUCUUCGCUACCGGCGACCUCGAAGAAGCUCAAGGGCGCGCUCACCAAAAACUCCAGGCAGUUGUGGCAGCUUACGAGCGUGUGCGCAAGUGGCUGUCUGAGCUCGAGCUGGCUUUCUUUCACCAGCUGGAGCGCUCUCUCCCGGAGGGAGAAGUCGCCUACCUGCGUCCCGUUCUUGGAACGGACGGCUCGCAUGCCGCGCACGCUCUCGCUAAGUAUGCGGUUCAGGCUCGCGGAGGAUACAGGCGGAGGAUGAUUUACGGGGUGUAG